AUGUCCGAUUCGAGUGUGAUGAUGAUUCCGGUGGAGAUAGCUGGAAUUUUCGCGACGGCGAUGACGAAUUGGUGGGAUGAUGUUAACGAGUCAACUCAAUGGCAAGAUGGGAUCUUCUUCGCUCUUUGUGGUGCUUAUGCUCUAGUUUCCCUCAUCGCUCUAGUUCAAUUGGUAAGGAUCCAAAUGAGAGUGCCUGAAUAUGGUUGGACUACUCAGAAAGUGUUUCAUCUUAUGAACUUUGUAGUUAAUGGAGUUCGUGCUGUUCUGUUUGGAUUUCAUGCUCAAGUAUUUCUCUUGCAUCCUAAGGCUCUUUGCUUGAUAUUAUUGGAUCUUCCAGGCCUCCUCUUUUUCUCGGCAUACACGCUGCUUGUGCUGUUCUGGGCGGAGAUAUAUCACCAGGCAAGAAGCUUACCAACGGAUAAGCUGCGGAUAACCUAUAUUUCAGUCAAUGUGGCUGUAUAUUUGGCUCAGAUUGGUAUCUGGGCAUACAUCUGGAUAAAUGAUAACAGCACUGUGGAGUUAGUUGGAAAGAUCUUUAUGGCAGUCGUGUCUUUCAUCGCUGCGUUGGGCUUCUUGCUGUAUGGAGGAAGAUUGUUUUUUAUGCUAAGAAGGUUCCCAAUUGAGUCAAAAGGAAGAAGGAAGAAGCUUCAUGAGGUUGGAUCCGUGACAGCCAUAUGCUUCACCUGCUUCCUCAUAAGAUGCAUCGUGGUGGCUGUAUCAGCUUUUGACAUGGAUUUGACACUCGAUGUUCUUGAUCAUCCGGUUCUGAACUUAAUCUACUAUAUGGUGGUUGAAGUACUUCCAUCGGCGCUUGUCCUCUUCAUUCUCCGUAAGUUACCUCCAAAGAGAGUAUCGGCUCAAUACCAUCCCAUCCAGUAG